CGUAUGACGGGGCCCACGCACACGAGAAUCGCGCAUGCGCGGUGGGUCCAGUUGCAGACCGCGGAGCCCGGUGGGAGUCAGUAUGGCGGCCGAGCGCAAAACUAAGUUGUCCAAGAACUUGCUGCGCAUGAAGUUCAUGCAAAGGGGACUGGACUCGGAAACCAAGAAACAACUAGAAGAGGAAGAAAAGAAAAUCAUUAGUGAAGAGCACUGGUACUUGGAUUUGCCUGAGCUGAAAGAGAAAGAGAGUUUCAUUAUAGAAGAGCAGAGUUUCUUGUUGUGUGAAGAUCUUCUCUAUGGAAGAAUGUCAUUCAGAGGAUUUAAUCCUGAGGUUGAGAAAUUAAUGCUUCAGAUGAAUGCUAAGAACAAAGCAGAAGAAGUUGAAGAGCAAACAGUGGAGCUUGAUGUCUCAGAUGAAGAAAUGGCUAGAAGAUAUGAGACCUUGGUGGGGACAAUUGGGAAAAAGUUUGCCAAGAAAAGAGACCGUGCCAUUUACGAAGAAGAUGAAAAUGGAGACAUAAAACCAAUUAAAGCGAAGAAGAUGUUCUUAAAGCCCCAAGAUUAAAGUGGAGGCCUUAGGGUAUGGCUCAGGGAUGAGAGCAUAUUUUGGAACGCACUGUCAGCUCCUCUGUAGUUAUUAGGGCCGUAAUGUUUAUGUGUAAAGGAACGUAUACUUUUGGAAACAUGCUGUUUUUGGAACAGACGUGUGAUGGAUGUUAUACAUCCUUUGCUUAGCGGUGUUCAUCAAGAGUGGACUUUUAACCCUUGGUCUUCAAAUGUACAUAGGUAUGUGGUAGCUUCCUAAAGAAUAUUUUAUCUCAGAUUUUUUUUUCUACUAUAACUCUCCAGUUACUAACCUUGAAUUGAACUCAUGAAAACUAAUACCAGUGUUUAAAUUGCCGUUAUGUUUAUAAACAUGUCAAGUCAGUUCAUACAUAUAUUUUGGAAUCAUGUCAUGAGAAUUUAUUAUAUGUUAAUUCAUCAAGAACAAACUUGCCUAUUUAGGCUAAGAAUUUUCAUGCUACAAAGUCAAUGUCAAUGUGUGGAAUUAUGUUUUUUGUUGUUGUUUAAGCCUUUAAUUAAUUUUUAGACAUUGUUCUAUAAUAAAUACCUGUUUUCGUAUA